ACCCUCACUCCAACCAUGGCCGCAGAUAGCACGAUCUCUCCCAGCGACCACCAGGCCUUGUCUCCAGUCUUGAUUGAAGAAGGUUCUCAAAACAGUGAGCAGCUGUUUAAGGAUGAUGGCAAUGAGCUUGAAAUAGAAGGAAAUGACCUUGAAAUUGAAGGGCGUGACAUUGAUAUUGAGAGCAAUGGGCUUGAGAUAGAAGGAAAUGGCCUUGACAUUGAAAGCAACGGCCUUCAGGACUGUGUCCAAAUGCUUGAGAUUGAAGACAAUCAUGAAAUUGAUGGGAAUGAUACAACAUCAGUUGUUGUUGAAAAUGACAUAUCUCAAGGAAAGGAUUAUCCACCACCAGCUGUGGGGAUGGAGUUUGAAUCCUAUGAUGAUGCUUAUAAUUAUUAUAACUGCUAUGCUAAGGAACUAGGCGUUGCAAUCUGGGUGAAAUCUGCUAUGCUAAGCAUUUCCAAAAAGCUAUGCUCUUGUACAAUGCAUCUAAUGAAUUACUUUUGUGCAGGCUGUCUUUUUGUGCUUGCAUCUGCCGGUUUUUGUGCAGACAGCCUUCCUACUUAUACUUGGUUCAGCUCAAAUGGCGUGGUUGGCAGUAAAAGGAUGUCUUGUAUUUUCCAGCUUCUUCCGUUUUAGCAUUCUACAGGGGAGUUUUUGCUCUGUUCCUUUGUUUGGGUAUUCUUCUGACUAGUGAAG